UGUCUAAAAAAAUAAAUAAAUAAAAGAGGAGGCUGAAAACAGAUUCUUGGAUUUUCAAGUGGAUUAAGGAAGAAUUUCUCAUGCUGCAGGCCAAACACCUACCCCCUCCAUACCCACGUGGAUCCUGAAAUUAAUCAAAAUUUGCUGAGUGACCAACAGGUUCAGGACACUGAAACUAACCCUAAGAUAGAAAGAUGGACAAAGUUUCAAAUCUAGUGGCCAUUGCCAUUAGAACUAGGGGUCUGGACUCCUGGGGGCCCAGACGUUUUCUGGACCUGAGGGAGGAGGGGUCUGGAAUCCCAAGCCACCAAAGUGAAUGGGGUGAUCCAGCUAGAGCAGGCUGGCUCCAACCGUCACGCGCCCCUUUAUCUUGCAUCCUGGGCCAGAAAGGAGGGGGCAGCGGUAUAUUUAGUCUCUGUCCUUGCCCUUUAUCUCAGAGUCCUCGGAGGUGAGGUUUGAGCAGCUGGGAAGAGGCUGAAUGCCCCGGGACCUUCAAGGUCACUUCGGACGCCCCUCUCACCGACCCUCCAAAAGCUCCUGUCCCCUUCUCUGCCUUUGGCGAUCCCUGACCUGAGUCCCAGGAUGGCGGACGAGAACGGCGACGCGGCGGGCGAGCUGCAUCAGGCGCCUGCACCUGCACCUGCGCCGGUCAGACGCCGCUCCUCGGCCAACUACCGAGCUUACGCCACAGAGCCACAUGCCAAGAAAAAGUCUAAGAUCUCUGCCUCCAGAAAACUACAGCUGAAGACCCUGAUGCUGCAGAUUGCAAAGCAGGAGCUGGAGCGAGAGGCGGAGGAGCGGCGAGGAGAGAAGGGGCGGGCCCUGAGCACCCGCUGCCAGCCGCUGGAGCUGGCUGGACUGGGCUUCGCGGAGCUGCAGGACUUGUGCCGACAGCUCCACGCCCGUGUGGACAAGGUGGAUGAAGAGAGAUACGACAUAGAGGCAAAGGUUACCAAGAACAUCACGGAGAUUGCAGAUCUGACUCAGAAGAUCUUUGAUCUUCGGGGCAAGUUCAAGCGGCCCACCCUGCGGAGGGUGCGAAUCUCUGCAGAUGCCAUGAUGCAGGCACUACUGGGGGCCCGGGCUAAGGAGUCCUUAGAUCUGCGGGCCCACCUCAAACAGGUGAAAAAGGAGGACACUGAGAAGGAGAACCGAGAAGUGGGAGACUGGCGCAAGAACAUUGAUGCACUGAGCGGAAUGGAGGGCCGCAAGAAAAAGUUUGAAGGCUGAGCCUGCCUGUCUGUUACCCUGGCCCUGUGUAUGGCCCUGAGGAAUAAAGUGUCUCUGAGCUG